AAGACCACAACGUCAUGCCACUUUUGUCUUGCUUCCUCUUGUGAGUCUCGACAUGUUUCGCUCCUUCCUCUGCUGUCAUGCUUCGCUCCUUCCUCUGCCGUCAUAUUUCGCUCCUUCCUCUGCCGUCAUGUUUCGCUCUCACGAGACAAUUUCUCCUGUCCGUAAUAGGUAGGUACGCUUAGAGACAACACAAAGGUUUGACGGUUCUUUACUGCUACACAGACACGGCUGGGCCAUGUGAUUUGUCGAAUGGCUGGACUGCGCCCCGGCCGCGACGAGAUCCAAGACUACUCGAACGAGUGCAGACUGCUAUAUACUCGUCCAAGUGAUGCCGAUUGACAAACAAACACGCGUCCAGCAUGGUGUCGCACAUUGAGGCACCCGAGCAGAGGCUACCCAGUCCGCGACGCCCACCUUGGGCCUCCAGCAGAGCCUCGACGACACGCCGCCAUCGUUCAACACGCUCCCACCACGCUGCAUCUCCUUUGUCGCCGCUGAACGAGUUUCCCGUCUUUGCGCAUACUGGUGAUGUCGACGUUGUCAUCUCGUCAUACUCCGGUCGCAAGGAGCAGCGCUACCUGCUUCAUACCAUAAUCCUGAGCCAAUGCUCGUCCUUCUUCGCUGUAGACACGAAGCGCCCACCCGUACACAAUGCUCUGCCUGCUCCCCAAUCCGCUUCUUUGUCGCGCAUCGGCGACAUCAACUCGAGCAGAAGCAGUCUGGACUCGAUGGAUGCGCGACGCCUCACCUACGUCCUCGACUGGAAACACACAAGAGAAGGAGACACACCACGACUCGUCCAGCGUCCAAUCGCCAUGAGUCCGCCGCCCGUCUCGCGUAACAAGCCGCCUGCUUCGUCCUCUGCCUUCUUCCGCUCCAUGUCGAACCUGUCCGCCCUAUCCUUGAACCAAAAACCAGUUGCGCCGCCGAGCCCAGAUGAUCAAGUGCUGAGAGAUUAUGACAACAUGUUCCGCAUCUUCUACAACUAUCCUCCUACGCUAAGUACUGUCAACAUUGCUGAUGCCUAUAUCGAAUCAAAGAGCCUGCUACAUCUGGCUCAGAUGUACGAUGCUCUAGACGUUGUAGGCUUGCGCAUAGACCACCACCUUCUGGCUUUCCAAGGUCGCCUGUUCAAGCAGAUUGCUCGCUAUCCACCAUCCUAUCUCAAGCUUGCCUGCCUAGCCAAGUCAAAGCUUAUCUACACCGAAGCCUUGAUCCACAUCGUGGGCCAGUGGCCACAAGCACAGUCACAGCUCGUCAACCACGUUGAUCCGCUUGUUCUCGAUAUCAUCGAAGACAAGGUCCAAGAGUUGGAAGACGCCAAAUUGCGCAUUGAAGUGCGUCUCUUCAGGCUGACCCUGACUACCAGUCGUGGCGAGCGCGUCAAACCCUCAAACGCUUACUUAGAGUGGAUGGCCAUGAGCCUCUUCCGCCAGUGGCUGGCUGAAAACACCACUCCUGCUCCAACGUCCAUCCUCAAGAAUUCAUCACGUCCGUCUUCCUCCGAUGCCGCUUCGGCCUCUGCCUCUGUGUCAGGACCAUCAGGUCGUCCGUCCAGUUCAAGAGCGCUGGUCACCACCAAAUCUCAAACACCUCAACAUCCACCACCAGCUCAUAACUUAGGCCGGGUGUAUCGCCUCCUGGGCAGCACAAAUAAAGAGGCCUACCUGAAUCAUGAGGAGCGUAAACGCUUCCUCAAGCUCACACCUGAGAUGUACUCUCGCGAUAACCUCAAAAGGUUCGAACGGAGAAUUGAUGAGAUCAAGAAUCUAGCGAGAGAUGCUGUAAAACCACUCACUCGCAACUUCCUCGAACUCGAUUCAGGCAGUCUUAUGCCGCCACCAACUGGGCGAAGUAGCGCUACUGCUCCCUCCACUGGCGGACUUGGCUAUCUGACCUGCACAAAGGUGCUCGAGGAGGACUUUCCUUGGGCUGCCUGACGGCUGAGGCCGUUACAAACAUGAUUUCACGAUUGAUGAUGAUGACGCGGAUAAUUCAGUUUAUGUUCUUCUCACGGCCCUCGAUUUCUCACUAUGCGUAAUCUCUUCAUCCACGAUCUUCGUUUACUUUGCUUUCCGCUCUCGCACAGCUUCUCACUGAUACCCACCUCUCUAUAUUAGCUUAGUAUGCAUUCAUUCCUUCGCAUCGGU